AUGGCUAAAAAUUUAUUAUCAAUUGAUGAGAAAUAUUUAUUGAUUACGCGAAAUUUACAAGAAACUAUUGGAGAUGAUCAAUUAAAGGAGAUUUUGAGUGAAAGAGAUCUUAAAGUUUAUUGGGGAACAGCAACAACAGGUCGACCACAUAUUGCAUAUUUUCUACCUAUGAUAAAAAUAGCAGAUUUUUUACAUGCUGGUUGUGAGGUAACGAUUCUAUUUGCUGAUCUUCAUGCUUAUUUAGACAACAUGAAAGCACCCUGGGAAUUACUAGGUCAUCGUACAUCUUACUAUCAACAUAUAAUUAAAGCAAUGUUAAAAUCAAUAGAAGUACCAUUAGAAAAAUUAAAAUUUGUACGUGGUACUGAUUAUCAACUAACACAAGAAUAUACAUGUGAUGUUUAUCGUUUGUUUUCUAUUGUUUCUGAACAUCGAGCUAAAAGAGCUGGUGCAGAAGUUGUUAAACAAGUAGCUUCACCUUUAAUCAGUGGUUUAUUGUAUCCUUGUCUUCAAGCUCUUGAUGAAGAAUAUUUACACGUUGAUGCUCAAUUUGGAGGUGUAGAUCAACGAAGGAUUUUUACAUUUGCUGAAGAAAAUUUACCAAAAUUAGGUUAUAACAAACGUAUUUACUUAAUGAAUCCAAUGAUUCCUGGCUUAACUGGUGAUAAAAUGUCUGCAUCUAAUGAAAAAAGUAAAAUUGAUUUACUUGAUACAUCUGAACAAGUUAAAGUCAAACUUAAUGCAGCUUUAUGUGAAACAACAAAUAUUGAACAGAAUGGUAUACUUCUUUUUUGUAAAAAUGUUAUUUUUCCAUUACUUAAAAACGAAAAAUUUAUACUUUUACAAUCAAGUAAAAAUAAUCAACUGAUAUCAUUUGAUAAUUAUCAACACUUAGAAGACACAUUUAUUGAAGAGGAUAUCAAUGCUAAUGAUAUUAAAAAUGGUCUUGCAGAAUGUCUUAAUAAAUUACUUGAACCAAUUCGACAAGAAUUUCAAUCUGAAGAGAUGCAAAAAUUAAUAUCACUAGCUUAUCCAACAUCAUAG